ACGUCUAUAGUGACGUCUAUGGGGUCACCAGUCAUGGGAAUCUAACAACGACCCUAUGAAAACUGCUGGAAGAGACCUAGUGUAAUGCCGCCGUAGUUAGAAGAAAAAAAACUAUAAGAGGGUUUAGGAAAUUGGAACAGUGUACAGCAAGUGCAUAUAACAUCUGGAGGGGCGCUGCGUUUGCAUCCUUGGUGGAUUUUUACGUUGGGUCAGUCAUCGCUGACCAACCAGUCCCAGCAGCUAUGGAGGAAGUGGAUAGAAUAUUAAUUCACUCUCUUCGGCAAACUGGCACUGAAGUACCAGAAGAUGUGGAGUGUGUCAAGCAGUUUUCGACAGAGUUGAUUGUGGAAGCAGUAGUAAGAUGUUUGCGUGUCAUCAACCCUUCUGUAGGGAAUGGAAUUAACCAUUUACUUCCUCCAGGAAUGUCUGCACGUUUCCGUAUUGGAAUGAGCCUUGCCCAGGCAUGCCAGGACCUGGGAUACCAGGGAGAGGUUGGAUACCAGACAUUCCUGUAUAGCAGUGAACCUGAAAUCCGUCGCCUGCUCAUGUUCUUGGUGGAAAAGCUGCCCAGAGAGAGCUCAGAGAUGGAAGACCAGCCUGCAGGGAAGUCUGCUGCUCUUCAGAAGGCCAUAUCUGUCAAGAUUAAGGAACAACUGUCUAUACCAUGGGUUCAUCCAUCCUGCAGAAUACCUCUACUUCUUCGCACUCAGAGCACGUGUCACAUGAUGCGGUUUCAUGCUCAGCCUCUUGCUUUAGCCAGUAAUACAACUUCUUCUGUGAAGAAAAUCUCAAAAGAAUUAAAAGAGUAUUAUGAUAACUACCUGCCACCUGUCACUGUGCAGCCUUCGCAGCAUUCUUUUCUUCCAGCAUCUGUAUUAGAAAGAAACAUGGUGGAUUUGAGUGCAGUUCAAGAAUGGGAGACCGAGUGGAAUAACCAAGGGCUUGUAUCUCGCCUUUCCCCAGAGGAUUACAGAUCUCGGAAAUGUCAGAGAUUACAAAAGCGAAUUAAAGACCAGUUGCGCAACUACACUCAGCAGUACGUAGAGUCCCAGAAUAUGUCAAAUUCUGCUUCUGAUCUUUUAGAUGUCUUGAAGUCUUACAGUGUAGCAGGAGAUGAUAUUUUGACAAAAGGAUCACGUUUCACUCACACAGAACGCUUCACAUUCUCUCGGGAACAUGAACAGCUUGUAAGCCAAAUGCAGACUGCAGCAGAAAACCUUCCUUCAACAAAGAAAUCUGAACAGGAUAUGCAGGCACAACAACAAGAAGAAGUGACAUCGCUACACCAACAGCUAGAUCAGCUGACUGUAAAGAUCCAACAACUUGGAGUAGAAAUGAAGAGCUUAACUUUAAACCUUUCACAGAUAGAAGAUGAGAUGAAACAGAAGGAGCUGACCGCUAGUGAGAAAGAAGACUCCAUUAAAGUGAAAAAGAGAACAGUCGACUUACUUCCAGAUGCAGAAAACAAUUUGACAAAGUUACAGGCUGUUGUUGAAAGCAGUGCCCAGCGAGUGGUUAAUCUAGCCAGUCAGUGGGAAAAGCACCGAGUACCUCUGAUUGAAGAAUACAGAAAGCUCAAGGAGUUGAAGGAAGAUCAGGAGCUGAAGUCCUCCCAUCAAUUGUCUCAGAUUAAGGAAUUACAUGAAAAGAUUAAGCAAGCAGCUGAGGAUUCAAAGAGAAAAGAUGGUCUUUAUAAACAACUGCUAAGUGAGUAUGAAGGCCUUCCAAAGGAUGUCUCGAGGAGUGCAUACACACAAAGGAUUUUAGAGAUUGUAGGAAAUAUUAAAAAACAGAAAGAAGAAAUCACCAAGAUUCUUUCAGACACAAGGAGCCUUCAGAAAGAAAUCAACCAUCUGACUGGAAAGCUGGACAGAACCUUUGCUGUGACAGAUGAGCUUGUUUUUAAGGAUGCCAAAAGAGAUGAAGCAGUACGGAAGGCUUACAAGUAUUUAGCUGCCCUACAUGAGAAUUGCACUCAGCUAAUUCAGACAAUAGAAGAUACAGGUACAAUCAUGCGAGAAAUCCGAGAUCUGGAAGAACAGAUUGAAACUGAAAAUGGGAAGAAAACUUUGAGCAACCUAGAGAAGAUCUUGGAUGAUUAUAAAGCAAUAAAGCAAGAAAAUCUGGUUCUUGUUGCCAAAAUCAGAGAGACAUGAAGAAGGCAACAGCAUUCCUUUUGUUUUCCAGUUUUUACCCCACACAGAUUUUUAAUGCAAAUUUUCUCUCCAUUUAAAUGAAUGGGCAAUGCACUUGAAGUACGAAUUCCAAUUGCACAAGGACUGGUUCCUAAGUAGUUGACGUUUUGGAAAAAGUACUCAUUUGAAAUAGUAUAUUUGUACUACAGUCUGUUAUGUGAUUUUCUUUUUUUUUUUUUGACAUUUAACACCCUGGAUAUACAGGGAUUAGAAAUCUUGGAAACUAAAGAUGCAUAAUAACACAUUUAUAUAAAACACUUUGGGGAAAAUA